GAGACGAGACGACGAGAGAAGACGAGACUCGGCAAGGGACUCUGGAGCUCUGAGUCUCUGAGAGAGGGAGCGAGGGCGGGCAGGGAAGGAAAGGAAAGGAAAGGAGGAAGGAAGGAAGGAAGGAAGGAAAGGCAGGAAGGCAGGAACCGAGGGAGGGACGGAGGAGGAGCACUCAAUCGGCAGGACGAGGACAGUGGGCGACGGCGAGGCUUGGAGUGCCACUAGCUGCUCGUGCUCGCUUCGCUCUUUUGUUGUGCGCGGUGUGAUCAUUUCGCUCGACAGGGCCCGCGCCGUCACCGAUUAUUGCCUCGCAAGUCAGCGGAAGGAAGGACGGGGAGUGGCGGUCGACUGGAUCUUCAGGUGCGAAGGGCGGAGGAGAUAGAGAUUUGGGAUCGAGAGGAUUGGAGCGGAGGAUUUGGACGAGAGAAAGAGAGAGAGAGAGAGGAGGGACGAGGAUCGGUCGAGUAUCUGCUCCGGGCUGGCCGGCUGUGAGCCGAUUGGAUUCGUGGAGCGACGGAGCGAGGCGGGGCGUGCUAGGGUCGGGUGAAUUGCGGGAUUGAGACGAACGAGGUUGAGAGGGAUCUGGAUCUGAAUUUGAUCUUCGGUGGAGAGUCAACAUGGAUGAAGAGUAUGAUGUGAUCGUUCUCGGAACUGGUUUGAAAGAAUGUAUUCUCAGUGGUCUUCUCUCAGUGGAUCGUCUCAAGGUCUUGCACAUGGAUCGAAAUGACUACUACGGAGGGGCUUCUGCCUCGCUUACUCUUAACCAGCUGUGGGCCAAAUAUCGGGGCACUGAAAAACCCCCUGCUUCAUUGGGGUCUAACAGGGAGUACAACGUGGAUCUUGUUCCCAAGUUUAUGAUGGCGAAUGGAACUCUGGUCCGAGUGCUCAUCCACACAGAUGUCACGAAGUACCUGUCUUUCAAGGCUGUGGAUGGGAGCUUCGUUUACAAGCAAGGAAAGAUCUACAAGGUUCCAGCAACCGAUGUGGAGGCUCUUAAGUCUCCCCUUAUGGGGUUAUUCGAGAAGCGUCGAGCCAGGAAGUUCUUCAUCUAUGUCCAGGACUACGAAGAGAAGGAGCCCAGGACCCACGAGGGUAUGAAUCUCAGGGCGGUCAAAACCAAGGAGCUCUUUGCGAAAUUCGGUAUUGAGGAGAAUACCAUAGAUUUCAUUGGUCAUGCUUUGGCUCUUCACCGAGAUGAUGAUUAUCUCAACCAGCCUGCUUAUGACACAGUCAUGAAGGUCAAGUUAUACGCAGAGUCAUUAGCGCGUUUUGCUGGUGGUUCUCCCUACAUCUACCCUCUGUACGGGCUUGGCGAGUUGCCUCAGGCUUUUGCCCGUUUGAGUGCUGUGUACGGAGGUACCUAUAUGUUGGCAAAGCCUGAUUGCAAGGUUGAGUUUGAUGAGUCCGGAAAGGCCGUGGGUGUAACUUCCGAAGGUGAAACUGCGAGAGCUAAGAAGAUCGUGUGCGAUCCAUCUUACCUUCCCAAUAAGGUCAAGAAAGUCGGCAAGGUGGUGCGAGCUAUCUGCAUCAUGAGCCAUCCUAUUCCAGACACCAACGACGCACAGUCUGUCCAAGUGAUCUUGCCACAAAAGCAGUUGAAUCGGAAGUCCGAUGUAUAUGUAUUUUGCUGCUCGUUUUCUCAUAAUGUUGCACCAAAGGGCAAAUACAUAGCCUUUGUUUCAACAGAAGUUGAGACAGACAACCCAGAGAGGGAAUUGGAGGCAGGGUUGAGACUGCUUGGCCCCAUUGACGAGAAAAUUAUCGACACCUAUGAGAGAUUCAAACCUGUAAAUGAAAGUUCACUAGACAACUGCUUUAUAUCUGAAAGUUAUGAUCCAACUACCCACUUUGAGACUACUGUGGCCGAUGUGCUUCAAAUGUACAAAGGGAUCACUGGAAAGGAAUUGGAUCUGAGUGUGGAUUUGAGUCACGCUAGUGCCGCAGAAGAGUGAACUGGAGAACUAUGGAAGAAGGUAGUAGUGAAUAGCCAACAACAGUUAUGUGCGUAUCUGAAUUCUAGGUAAUUGGUCCAUGUGGGUGUCAAUAGCUAUCUAUGGGACGGGAUUGUCCGUAUGUUGCGUGUCUCCGUAGUUUACUGGUAUGACAGCACCUGGUAGUUUCAUUGUUUAGAAAUCCACGUUAUCCUUUUGACGAAGACAGGUCGGUUGGUGGUUUUUUUGUCGAAAGGGAAGGUUGGGAAGAACUUUUUGCCCGAGCAGCAUAUGCUUAGCGCAGAAAUCUGUGUUGUUCUUUGACGGCUUUGAAUCGAAACUGUUGAUCUUGUAGGCCUGGUAGUGAGUUAAAUAUUUUUAGUCUUAAACCAUAUGUUCAAAGAUCCACCCUUUCACAGCCGUGUCAUCUACAGAUGUCCUGUUACUCCAAAUCUUCAGGCAGGAAUAUGAACGUUUUUCAGUUUGCACAGAUUUUUGGAGUAUGCUCCAUAUUUGGACCUGUUAGAGUUACAGACAUUGUGCAGCUGCGGUCAGAAGUAUCCGAGCUAGGCUUCGCGAUGAUUGACUCGCGGGAGUUCAUCUGCGAAAUCUGCUCGAAUUUCUGGAUUUUGUUUUGUAAAAAGUCAUUGUCAUAUUCCUUUGCAGUGCCGUAUCACUCGUGUGAAGUAGGAAAAACAUUCUUCACCUU